AUGCCUACCACCCCCAGCAGCAGCAGCAGCAGCAGCAGCAGAUUUGCCAAUGGCAGGGUCAAUGGGGUGAAUGGGCAAGGCGCGAGCGAUGUUGCAUCCAGCUCCAGCUCCAGCUCCAGCUCCAGCUCCAGCUCCAGCUCCAGCGCUUCAAACUCGUGCGCAGACUCGGACGAGGACGUGUCCUGUUCGGAGGAGCAUGACGAGGACGAGGAUGAAGAGGUGCAGCGAUUGUUCCGAGCUGCUCUUGCUGCUGAGCAAGCCAAGAGCGGAUCAAAGCGGAGCGCAGGCUUGGACGGCGAUGAGGAUCUGGUCAGUCUGAGCUUGCGCGGGCAUAGGCAUCCGCACGGAGGCGCGCACAGCAUGGACCAGUCGGCAGCGGAGCAGCAGCAGGACAAGCUGACAAGACACGAGAGCAAAGCCAAGCAAGAUGCGGUGGACUCGCACUUGGCCAAGCUGAGCGGUGGCAGGAGCGUGCCAGACGACUCUGGCAGGAAAAGGACGCGAGCAGAAAAGAGGCAGGCAAAAGUUAAACGAGCACAAACGGCCGGUCCCGGCUGGUACGGCAUGCCGGCAUUUCCGGGCGCGGACUCCAAAUCGGGCAGCGUGGGAGCGAGCACUUUGGCAGCUAGCAGGUACGCCACCAAUCCUAGGGGACGCACGGCGGAAGAGAUGCGAAGAGAAGUGCAGGCUAUCCGAUUGAGGAAUGCGCUGGAUCCAAAGAGGUUCUACAAGGGUGGAGGCAAGGUGGAGAAGGGCAUGCCAAAGUAUGCGCAGUUGGGGAGGAUCGUGGGCUCUGAGAUCGAACCUGGGUCCAUCUUGCCAAAGUACAGUGCGGGCACCUCGGCACUGGAAGAGGUCGUGAAAGAUUCAGAAGCUGCGGCUUAUGCCAAGCGCAAGUUCAACGAGCAACAAGAGAGGAACGCUUCGGGAGGCAGGGGAUACUUUAAAGCGAAGAGCAAGAAGCCUAGGCAUAGACGAUGA